AUGAAGCUCGUUGCAGUCCUCGCUACUAUCCUCAGCGUCGCAUCCGCGGUUGCUAUCCCAGUCGAGCUCCAGGAACGCCAAUGCCUUAACAAUGGAACCGUUUUGUGUGGAGACUCAAAUACUACUUGUCAGCCCAAGGGAACAGCUUGCAUCACACGUAAAGGCAAUGGCAAGGCGUGA